AUGAGCACCAAGUUGGUACUCUGCCUAUGCCUGGCGCUCUGCGGAGCCAUGGCCAUGGCUCGUCCCCAGGAGGAGGUCCUCGAUCAGGAAUCACCGCUGGAGAACAGCCAGGAGGUGAACAGCGUUGAGGAGAACGACGCGGAGGCGGAUCCCUCGUCGUGGCGCAAACUCUUCGGCAGCGAAGGCAGCAGCGGAAACCUGGUGGUGAGCUUCCCCCAGUCCAGCACCACCAGGAAGCCAAAGACCACCAAGCGGCCGUACUACCCCUACCCGUCCAAGUACCCGCCUCAUCCGCAAUACCAGCCUUACCCACAGUACCCGCAGUACCCGCACUACCCGCACUACCCUUACCCCGGCUACUAUCCUCCUCCUCCUCCGCCCUUUCCAUUCCCCGGUCAUGGCGGACAUGGUGGACAUGGUGGACACGAAGGCGGACACGAAGGUGGACAUCAUCACCACACAACGACUACCACCACAACGACCACCAAGAAGCCAACCGUGAAACCCACUCCUCCUGAUCACGGUCAUCAUCACCCACACUAUCCUCCACCACCUCCCUACUAUCCACCCUUCCCGUACUAUCCACCCCCACCACCGCCACCACCACCAAGCCACCACCACGAUUCGGACGAAUCCACCGAAUCCACCCCGCUGAAGCCCUGCAAAAAGAUCUUCGGCAUUGGAUUGGUGUGCGUCUAAGCGAUAGAUCUUCAAUCCGACAUUCACUACUAGCUCAAUAUUUAUUUAUUUAUAAUUUAUUAACCGAAU